CCUAUGAAUAUUUUUCCAGACAAUGAAGUGUGAUUGUGUGGUUUGCAUUUAAGUCUUAAAGAUCAUCUACAGAAGCUAAAUAGCACAAAAUAGAGAGAAUGGAUUCAAGACAUGAAGGGUAUCAUGUGAAGAGAGAGGUUAUAGAUGAACAGAGGCUGAAAGAGCGAUCUCAGAGAAUGGACCCUUCGCAGAUCAACCUUCCUAUCUCCCAUCGGCUGAAGACAUCACUCAGCUGUUCUGUACCCAAAAUCAAACGAAGCAUAGUUGGUUUCUUGCCUGUUUUGUCCUGGUUGCCCCGUUACUCCAUCUGGGAUUAUGGUAUGCCAGAUCUCAUCUCUGGCAUCAGUGUUGGUAUUAUGCAUCUUCCACAAGGAAUGGCAUAUGCUUUGCUGGCCUCACUGCCUCCAGUAUUUGGACUCUACACAUCCCUCUAUCCUUCAUUAAUUUAUUUUAUUUUUGGGACUUCCAGACACAUCUCUGUAGGCACAUUUACUAUCCUCAGUAUUAUGAUUGGUAGUGUGACCGAGAGACUGGCCCCUGAUGCAAAUUUUCUUAUUUACAAUGGGACUAAUGUGUCUGGGGAAGUGGAUAUUGCAUCUAGAGAUUUGUACAGAGUACAAGUUGCAGCUGCUGCCACUGUACUGGGAGGGCUCAUUCAGGUUGUAUUAGGCUUGGUGCAGUUUGGAUUUGUUGGCACAUAUCUCUCAGAGCCUCUGGUUAGAGGUUAUACCACAGCUGCCUCUGCUCAUGCCGUAGUGGCCCAGUUGAAGUACAUUAUUGGAGUCUCACCCAAGCGCUUCAAUGGACCUCUGUCUAUUGUCUAUACUCUAGCAGACUUAUUCACACUCUUGCCAGAGACUCAUCUCCCAACUCUGGUGGCCAGUGUUGUGUCCAUCGUGGUUCUUAUCACUGCCAAGGAGCUUAACAAUGCACUUAAGAAAAAAAUGAUUAUACCCAUACCAGUGGAGCUCUGCACUAUUGUAGUGGCGACAGUUAUAUCGUUCUAUACUCGGCUGAAUGAGAGCUAUAAGAUAUCAGUCGUUGGUGACAUCCCAAGUGGACUUCAGCCUCCCAGCGUGCCAAAUGUCAACAUCUUCUCUGAAGUGGUGUUAGAUGCUUUUGCUAUGGCCAUUGUGGGUUAUGCAAUUUCUAUCUCUUUGGGCAAAACCUUCGCUCUAAAACAUGGUUACAAGGUGGAAAGCAACCAGGAGUUGGUGGCUUUGGGUCUCAGCAAUACAGUUGGAGGUUUUUUCCAGUGUUUUUCAGUUUGUUCUUCUAUGUCUCGCAGUCUCAUACAGGAGAGCACAGGAGGAAAGACACAGAUUGCAGGGGUAGUGUCUGGUGUUAUAGUACUGGUGACCGUACUAAAGUUAGGCUCACUUUUUCAAGAGCUGCCCAAGGCAGUUCUUUCCGCUAUUGUAUUUGUGAAUCUGAAGGGAAUGUUCAAGCAGUACUAUGACAUAGUCACAUUGUGGCGUAGUAACAAGAUUGAUCUGUUGAUAUGGUUGGUGACGUUUGUGUCCACUGUGCUCUUUAAUUUGGAUAUGGGUCUGGGAGCCUCUAUGGGUUUCGCUCUGCUCACUGUUAUUUUCAGGACUCAACGGCCCAGUUACUCACUGCUGGGACAUCUGCCUGGCACUGAGCUCUAUCUAGAUAUGGAGACACACAAAGAGGUGAGGGAGGUACCUGGUAUCACCAUAUUUCGCUCUUCUGCCACCAUGUACUUUGCUAAUGCUGAACUUUAUCUUGAGGCCCUUAAAAAAAAGAGUGGCCUGGAUAUCGGGAAGAUGCUCACUUACAAGCGCAGACAGGAGGCCAAGCAGAGACGCAGAGAGAGGAGAGCAGAGCGAAGAGCCCGAAGAGAAGCUAAGAGACAGAAAAAAGCUUUCAGAGAAGCCUCUCAGCGAUCCAAACACGCUGUAUUUUCAGUGGAAGAGGAAGCAGGACAGUUGAGUGAUAUGAACGGAGACUUACGCCGAGAGGCAGAGAUUGGCUGGAAAGAGCGGGAAAACAAUACAGUGUUCGUAAUACCUGAGACAGCACGGACAUCUGAUGGACAGCACACCUGGAUGUACCUUAAAGGCACUGACCCGGACACCGCCACCCUAGGGUCAGUGUCUGAUCUGCAUGACGCCGACGUUACCACCAUUGACUCUAGCAGUGAGGACACUUUAAGCCGAGACCUGGAGAGAGUCUCUCUGGGAUCUCUGGGCAAGUGGACAUGGGACAUUCAUUCCAUCAUCUUAGAUUUGUCCACCGCCAACUUUAUUGAUACCGUGGCCAUUAAGACAUUGAGGAAUAUAUUUCACGAUUUUGGAGAGAUUGAUGUGCAUAUCUAUAUGGCAGGCUGUCAAGAACUGGUGAUGAAACAGCUGGAGCGUGGCGGCUUCUUCUCUGAUGUCAUCACUGAGGCCUGUGUCUUUGCUACUGUACAUGAUGCAGUUCUGUAUUGUGUCAAGCAUCACGGAGCUGCAACCAUCAAUGGCCAUGAGAACGCUCUGGAUAUGAGUGGCACUCGGCUAUGAGAGAAGAUUUCUACUGCAUGCUCAUUUGCAUUUUAUUUUAGAUGUACACGACAAAAACCUUUUCAUAAGAUAUCAAACAGCAUUUGACUCAGCUGUUGACUGUAACAAUGCAUCAGUGUUGGGGAAAAAUUAUAUAUACCUUACAUCUAUUUUAAAUUUUAAAAUGAAAAAGCAGAAAUAACAACACACAUACUUUCACAUUAAUAAUGAAAAAAGAAAUAUAAUACUUUUUACCCAACACUGCAAAGCAUGUCUUACCUCUUGUUUUCCAGUAUGUCAUUCUCAUUGAAAUGUAUUUAAUAUGUUUGUUUGUAUCUUAUUUCCUAUCCACUUGUUAAGUCUGACAUUACGCAACGCAGCUUCCGGGUCCACUGUACAGGGAGGCUCAACAAAUGGUACUAAUAAAUGUUUACAAAGUGCUGCAAUACUUUUGAAAAUCAUGAUCAUAAAAUAUAUAUGCGCCUAAUAUCAGAUGGUCAGAGAGUGAUGAUAAAUUAUUACAAUAUUAGUGUCUGUAAUGCAGCAAGUCUGACUGCUAUUACUACUACUACUACUAUUGACUGCUGUCCACCAUGAUUUUGUAAGAAAUGUACUUUUAUGAGUAAUACAACCAAACAGUGGCUAUUACUAAAUGACCAUUUUUUUUAAUUCAAAUCAGUGGACCUGAAAACCGUUUUCCAUUCGUCACGACUUAUCAAGAGGAUGGACUAUAUGAUUUAUGAGUAAAAUCAAGUCUGUGGUAAAGAUACCUGAUGUUUUUUUAACAGCUGUGCAUAUUCACAAUGGACCCUUUUCACAAGCCUGAUAUGAUGUGUUUAACAGUCAUCAUAAUCUUAAAUCCUUGAAAGUUUUUAAUAAACGUAUGAACAUUUAUAUGCAUUUAUGUAUGUAUUAUAUCGUCUUUGCGUCAAAUUACAAAAAAAUGCAGCAUGAAUGGGACUGAGAGUAAAUCUGAUGUUUUCUCUCCUCUGGCUGCCGUCAUCAGUCUCGCACAUUUUUCU